AUGCAGUAUCGUACCGUCCUACCCGUGCCACACCUUGCCUUUCCUGCAUGCAGGUACGAGCUGAAGAGGGAGUGCGGGGCGGACCACAACCGUCACAGGUCGCCCUUUCCGGACGCGGCUCUCUUCUGUGUGGACCGAUGGGUGGUGCUGGAUCAUGGUAGUGGGGAUGUGUAUGUGUGUGUUGUGGAGGAGAAAAGUGGUGCGAGGGAGAAAAAUUAUGGUGGAUCAACCCAGAAGGACCAUGGAAAGGGGGAUGUGUAUGUGUGCGCUGCUGAGGAGAGAAGCCAGGAGGGAGAGAAGGGUGGGGACAAAGGUGAGCAAAGAGGGAAAGAUCCGCUGGAGAGAAGGGGAAGGGAGGAACUAGGUGGGGGGAGAGGCCAGGGUAGGGACGAGAACAGGAGUUGUAGCGGCGGCGGUGCUAGUGACGGUGCGUAUGCUGAUCAUGUGCAGGCUAAUGAGUUGACUGACAGUACGUUGGCUCUAAUGUCAUCUCGUUGCAGCGACAGUGGUGGUGGGGGUGCCACUAGUGGUGCUCUGUAUGCUGAUCAUGUGCUUCGAUGCGGAGCAGAGAGGGGAGAAUGGAGAGAGGCAAGCGAGAGGAGAGGAUGGGAGAGAAUAGGGGACAGCAGUGGAGAGGAAACGGAUGGGUGCAGAUGGGUGGCUGAGACGAGUGAGAAGCUGACGGCUCUGGUGGAAGGAGAGGAAGCAGCAGCAGCAGAGGCAAGGGCCACGCAGACAAGUUGUUGUAGCCAGGGAGAUUCAAGGGAUUCAAGAGAAGCUGUAGAGGGCUUGACAGUACACUCAGCUAGAGGGAAUUCGGCAAGAGACGAUGCAGAGGGGCUUACAGUUCUGUCAGAGCCCCUGGUGCUGAAGAGGUGUAGAGAGCGGUACAAGGCUGAUGUGGCGGGGUGCCUGGGGGAGAUUGCCAAGGGGGAGAGCUAUGAGCUGUGCCUCACCACCCGCCUCGAGAGCGAAUCUCAGCCGUUGGAUCCGCUCGGGGCGUAUCUACGGCUGAGGGAGCGGAACCCUGCUCCGUUUGCUGCGUGGAUGUGCAUGGGUGAGAUAAGUCAGUAUUGCAUGGGUGAGGGGAGAGAGUCAGAAUUGAAUCUGGCUGCGGCGGAAGAAGAAGAGGAGGGGGUGGGAGUGGAGGAACAAGGGGAGAGGCAGGUGGAUGGGGGGGAAGAGACGAAAAGUCUGGGGGAAGAGGAAAAGCAGCAGCAGCCGCAGCAGCAGUCACAGGAGCACGACCACCACGCUGUGCUCCGCGCCCCCUUUGCCCUCUGCUGCUCCUCCCCAGAGCGGUUUCUGCGGGGCGAUAGGCAGGGCAUGCUGUGGGCCAAGCCCAUCAAGGGCACUGUGAGGCGCGGGGCGACGGAGGAGGAGGAUGAGAUGCUGAAGAGAGAACUCAUGCUCAGUGACAAGGACCGGGCAGAAAACCUCAUGAUCGUUGAUCUUCUCCGGAACGAUCUCGGGCGAGUCUCAACCGUCGGAUCGGUGCACGUCCCGUCACUCAUGGCCGUUGAAUCAUACGCCACUGUUCAUCAGCUCGUGAGCACUGUAGCAGCACGGCGCCGCCCGGACCUCUCCCCAGUGGCCUGCAUCCGGGCGGCGUUCCCGGGCGGCUCGAUGACCGGGGCACCGAAGAUAAGAUCUAUGGAGAUCUUGGAUGAGAUCGAAGGGUCGGCUAGGGGACCUUAUUCGGGAGCCUUGGGGUUUGUUUCGUUUUCGGGCACCUUUGAUCUGAAUAUUGUGAUUCGAACGGCUGUGAUGGGUGGAGAGCUGGGGGAUGGAUUGGAGAGGGGGGAACAAGCAGGGGAGGAUGGGGAGGCAGAGGAGGGGGGUCUGAAGACCUGGGAAAGGGAGGGAGGAGGAGCGAAUGGAGAAGAGGAUUGGAUAGGGGGUGAAGAGGGGGAGAAUGGGGCAAGAAAAGCUGUUGUGAAAUGGAAAAGGGGCAGACGAAAGGGCAGGACGAUGAUUGGAGCAGGAGGGGCGGUGGUGAUGUUAUCGGAGCCAGAGAGUGAGUUUGAAGAGAUGGUGCUUAAAGCGAGGUCUCUGGUGAGAGUGCUCCGACCAGAUGGAGCUGAUGAUUUGAACGGGGUGUGA